AUGGAGAAAAGACUCCACAACACGAGGCACGCCGCGAGGCAGGCAAGAAACACAGCCGGAACUUGCACCACCAGGACAGCAACAGCCGUCACGACACACAGCAGUAACACCACCACGUCGAUCGGUGCAGCCACAGCGACAGCGACGACCAUUUCGACCACAGCAGCAGCAGCGGCAGCAGCCGAAGACAUGUCUUCCAGACAUCACCCACAGCGACGAGAGCAGACGCCACACGACUCGUCAGACGACGAAGAGGAGGAGCAAGACGACGAGCAGACGACGACGUCUCCUAGCGAAUCUCCGCCGCCUUCGACGACGAUGACGAUGGCCGCACCGGCGCCGAGUGCUGUCUCGACGUCCCCGACGUCGACCUCGUCUUCUCCAGAACAGAUGUACAACGGCUUUCAGUCCUGGGCGUUACGGACUUACGGAGACAGCGCCAAGACCAAGACGGUUACCCGGAAGAAGUACCAGAGGAUCCUCAAGAUCCUCAAGGGCGAGGAACAGACCAGUGCCGAGAACUCAAAGUUUAGGUUCUGGGUGAAGGCGAAGGGCUUCAAGAUGGGACUCCCACCGGGACACGUGCCACAGGCUCAUCGGGGCGUCAAGCCGUCUGACCAGGUCCUCUUCGUGCCGUGCAGCAAGCUUAAGAAAGGCAGCGAGGGCGAGACUACCGUCUACAAGCGGGUGGCCGUGGUGGAGAACUUUUUCGACAUCAUCUAUGGCGUUCACGUGGAGAUGGACGGGCGCGGGGGCAAGCACGCCGGACAGAAACGCACCUACAAAGCCAUCGCCGAGCUGUACGCCUUCCUACCACGAGAAGCCGUCACCCAUUUUCUCAUGUCCUGCUCGGACUGCCAAAAACGCAUGCACCUCACCAACGGCUGCCUCACUGGUGUCACGAGCACCACCACCACCAACAACGGCGGCGGCGCGACGCCGGACCUGGCGUCUCCCGGUUACCCCGGCAACGGCUGCGCAACGACCGGAAGCGCCCCAUCGAACGACGUCAUUUCCGGAGGAGACUGCGGGAGUGGCGCCAUCUCUACGAGCUCCCCGGAGUCGUCGCCAGAUGGCGACGCGAGCGGCGACGGCGGCGGCGGCGACGGAGGCGCUCUUGGAGCUUGCGUGGCGGAGCCGGGAACGACGCCGGCGGUGAUCGCGGCUGAGUUGGAUUUCAGCGUGCCCAUCACUACGGCCUACUUGAAGCACAUGCGGAGCCUGGGGCUCUCGGAUGGGGAUGCCCUCAAUCAUAAAGAGGAUUCGACGUUCGGAAGCGACGACCUGAGCGACGAGGAUGGGAGCCCGAACUACGACGACGACGACAGUCCCGACACCUGCGUAGACGCCAAGGAGGAGGACGACGUGGCCAUGGCCGAGGGCGGCUCGGCGCCCGGUUCGGACGCCGAGCACGGCGUUGCCCCGACGCGGAAGAGCGGUGCAUCUCCCCGAGAGGGCGCGGGGGGGCUGACGCCCGCGGCGCCGUCGACGACAGCGUUGGGAGACGUCGAGGGCGUUCGCUGGAGCGACCAGCAGCCCCUCAACAUGACCUCGAGGCUGGGCGCCGACCAGGCGUACGACCGGACGCUGAGUCCGCCGGCCACACACCAAGGUGGAGAACACACACCUGACGACCUCUCUGCCAGCACAAAGGAGGAGGACGAAGAGGACGACGACGACGAGCAGGACAAGCUGGACAUUAAUUCCUAUGACCCUGAAAGGCUCAAGGCAUUCAAUAUGUUUGUGAGGCUGUUUGUGGACGAGAACUUGGACCGCAUGGUCCCGAUCUCGCGGCAGCCCAAGGAGAAGAUUCAGGCCAUCAUCGACUCGUGCUCACGCCAGUUUCCGGAGUUCUCGGAGCGCUCCCGCAAGCGCAUCCGGACGUACCUCAAGUCCUGCCGCCGCACGAAGCGAACCCGAGACCUCAAUGGUUGGGACGGUCGUGCUGCGGUUCCUCACCUGACCUCUCCGUUGGCCGAACAGAUCCUGGCGUCCGCCUGCGAGAAUGAGACCAACAAUGCCAAGAGGAUGCGUCUCGGACUGCAGCCUUUGGUGACGGACUCCGACGGAGCUGGAAGAUCAACGACCCCAAGUUUUCACCCUGCGGUCGGGGUGACUCCGAGCCAUUCCAGCAUUUCGACACCCGUUGCUGUCACUCCGACCACCAACGUGAGCAGUCAGCUGAUUAGCCGACUCACCUCUCCGAUCAUUAGCUCCACCCCCAAUGGCAACGCCGUGGCAGUCACCGUGGCGACAGCCAAUCCCGUGACGACCAGUAACAAUGUUGAAGUCACCACGGUAUGCCCGUUUCAUCUCCAUCACCACCACCAACAGUUCCACCACCAACUCCACAACAACACCACCAGCGCCAACAUCAUCAGCAGCAGCAAUGCCGUGUCGACAACUAAUGGAACUGUGGUUGUGACCGCAACACCCGCAACCGUCACCAGCUUCAUGAAUGGGACCACAACACCCCACACCCACACACACCAUCACCACAACUGCUUUGCCGGAGGAACCGGCAACAAUGGCAGUGUCAGUAACAUCGGGAAUACCACAAAUGGACACCACUACCAUACGCAUCACAGGCAUCUAGCCGUGAGCACUGGUAAUGGCCCAACCGACCUGAGCAUCAAGAAGUGUGCCGGUAACGGAACCGCAGAGCGACCAACGGCCCUCAAGUACUCGUUGAAUCCGACGGAAGUAAAUGCUGUGAAGCAGUUGAUUGCCGGGUAUCGGGAGUCAGCAGCAUUCUUGCUGAGGUCUGCCGAUGAGUUGGAGCAGUUGCUGCUUCAGCAAAAUUGAUCAUAUCUAUCCAAAAGACACAUUGAAGAGUGAGGUGCAGCUUGAGGUAUAUGUAUACAUAUCUUAUCCUUCGAGGAGGUAGCUUGUUGACACUGGAGAUGUCUGUUUUUGUCCUGCACUCACCAGUGAAGACAUUUUAAUAUUGGCAUUUUUAGGUUCAGAAAUUUCUCUCAGUUCCACUUGCAUCCUCAUUUUUGAAUUCGUCAAAGCAUCUGAAACUUGUCAGAGAUUACCCUGUAGGUGUUUAGAGAGGGAUGCUAGCCAAACCAUUAUUUUGUUGUUUAAUAAUUCUUCUGUAAUCUUUCUUGAGGCCUGCACAGGAACCUAUAGUGUGUAUGAGUGCAGAACUUCCUGAGUAAAUGUUGGGUCUGGUUCACUGCGAAGCAUGGCAGUGGAGUACAGCUCAUAAGUUUAAUCUUGAAGAAAGAGGAAGUAGAAUUUUUAAGCUGACAAAUUCCAGUUCCAGUUUGAACAUUCUAUUUUACAGAGAGCUCAAGAUCCAACCUUAUUCAUGCAUUGAGUUGUUUGAACAUUGUCUUUAUUGUGGAAGUUCUAGUCUGCAAGGAAGAAGCAUUAUGGUGUGAUUUUUGCAAGUGGAACUCCAGUUGAAGCACCAUCGACUUCUAAAGAUUAUUUGAAUGGAAUCCAAAGAGGGACCCUAAAGCAAGACAUCACAUUCCCCCCAGCCAGUUACCAUACUCUGCGAGAUCCAAAAGGCUCCAAAAAUACCUCAGCUGCAUAUUUCUCUAUAUAACAUAUCUCUUUACAAAACCACACUGGAACCAACUUUGAGGCAAAUCUUUGGAAGACACUCUAAGUGCCAAAGAGACCUUCUUGCUCUCUCUAUGCUUCUGUUUUGAGAUAAGGUGGAACUGCUGCACUGUUUGUUUUUUUGUCAAGUGUGCAUUGUUUGCCGUUCCAGCCACAUAUCGCCUCUCUGGCCCUAGCAUAUCUCCGCAUCAUACCGAACAGUCAAGGGUCAACUGUUGAAAAAUCCACCUCGGGUUGCUAUGCUGGUUUUAUGUACAGUUGCCCAACCAAAACCAACAAGAAAACAGACUUGCACAUAUCUUCUACUUGGGCAUUUGUAAGUGGUUAUCCUGUGGCUGUUACACGGUAUUCUCUAUUACCAAUGUGCACGGUGUCAUCCUUUAUCAGAAACCGCAAGUUGUGACAGUGUCAGUUCACACCUUUCUAGUCCCGCAAUGUGCAUGUGAAGGAUAUAGUAUAUAUUGUAUACACAUGCCUGUCUGCAUACAUAUGUACCUAUAUUUUUUAAAACAAGGCACAUUCCACCAUGGCACGUCUUAGGCUGUCAUGCGAUGUUGAGAUUGCGACACGAAAUAUUUGCAGGUCCAUUUCGUGAUUGUACACAAGAAUAGCAUUUGUACUGGAAAAUGAGUCUGUACAGAAGUUCUUGGUUUUCUCUACAGCUUUGAAUCUACUGGGAGGCUAUAGAGGGUUCUGUAGAAAACAGACCAGGGUACCUGGAUUGUGUGUUUAGACAUGCCACAUAUCUCAAAGCAAAAUGGCUUCCAGAAGCUUGUUUGGGAACAAGUAUUUGCAUUUCUUUUUACAGUAACAGCCUAUCACCGAAAGCAGGCACUUUAACAUAAAUAGGAUGAAGGCAUGAGAAAAAGAGUUUGGUUUUUUAUGUAUAAGAGUGAGAUUAUUUAUAAUUUCCCAUCUCAUUACAUAAAAUGCAACGAAGGCAUUCUUUAAAUUAUAUUUUGAAUAAGGAAACCGGGUUCUAGCACAUAUAUCUCGCUUUUAUAAAGAUUACUUUAAGGGCUGCAUAUCAAUUUCUAGUCCCAUGCAAAUGAGAGAUGCAAGUCUCGACAGCAGGCUAAGCAGGGCUUAGGUAAAAGGGCGGGAUUAUUUUACAAUCCUGGUAUCUUCCACAUAUCUCAGUGCAGACAUAUCCUAGAGUAGAAGCUCAUUUUAUUAAAUAUCUCUUUGAUGUCAUACUGAUUCAGUUACUGAUAAAGUACAAAAUAAAUUUUUUGAGUUGCUCUGCUAUAGAAUUAAAGCUUGGGUUUACCACAAAGAUGCACGUUGUUACAUCUAGAUCCUGCACUAUGUGGAUUGGAAGCAUCACAUUAGUGUUUCAUUCAUUAAGCAAGUCUAGUCAUACCAUCUGAUUUUUUUUAUGAAGAUCUAUCGGUGAAUUAUUAGUAUGGAUGUUGGUGCAUUUUAAGUGGUGCAAUACUAUUUGCUAUGAAAAAAACUCUGGGGCCCAAUUUUGAAAACUUAUGUAGGACUAGAACAUGAGCCAGGGUUCAUAAACAGAUGACCAAAUUGAGUAAUUCAUAAAACUACAUCUUCAAACACUUGCAAAUGGUUCACUCUACGUUCAUAUGUGUUAUUUUAAAGCAGUGCACUGUGCAAAAGAGUCUUUUGUGUCUAUGGAAUGUUUUGGAUGCACACUGCCAUGUGGUGUUAUGGUCAAGCAUACUCAUGCACAAAACCUGGGUUGAAAGGCCUCCAGCAAAAUGUUAGCACAUCACGGUAGCUAUUUGGCCAAUAAUCAUAUAAGUUCUCACCAUAUUUUUUUUAUAGAUUCCUUCAAUAGUAUGUUUCUUUAAGUGAAGCGAGUUGUUGAGACUCCUUUUCUGAUGGCUUUAUUGGGUUGUCAGUAAUGUAACCUAAUAGUGGACAGAGAGAAAUAUACAUGCUUUGCAAACAUUGGCUGAAUUUAAUAUGAGAUGUUUAGACAUGUGAGCGUGGCUGAAAGGUCGAACAAUAAAAACAACCAUUACAUUGUACAUUGCUCAAUCUUGCAAGGUGUGUGCAGUGCUAUCAAAGACACAAGAGUGUACUCAUGCAAAAAGAAUUUUGUUAGCUUAAACCUCCGUGCAAGAAUAGCCCUUCGGAAGGUCAAACGCUUUCACUUGUGCCUUCCAUAACCCUGCACAUAUCUAUUCAAGUGGAGUGUAGAAGUUUUUUUUGUAUGAAUUGAAUCAGAAAAAAUAUUACAAGGUGUGAGUAUAGUCGGAAUACAGUGAAGCCCACUCUAGCAAACUAACUAUAUGAAAUGUUAGAGCAGCAAAUGUUCAUUGAAAAUGUUACAUGUCCCUUAUGUGCAAAUUUAUUCCUGACAGAAAGUACCAAAAUAACAAUUUUUUCCAGAACAGUAAGUAUGAAGUAGAGUUUGGCAUAUUUGUAUUUUGGUUAUGGCAUUAAUGACUGUUUUAGAUCAAGCUCCUGAGGGUUAUUUUUACCAUUCAUCAUACAUCCCUUUUAAAAACAAUUAUUAACAGAAUUUAGUCUUUGUUAUCUCAUUUAACAAUUCAUUCCAAGGAAAGCUCUGAGAUUCUUGAAGUUCUUGAGAUUGGUGCUGCACAUUUAGUCAAAAUAAGCUCAAGUAAACAUUGUAUGAAAUGUUUGUAAAGAAUAAUCAUGAGCAACAAAAGCAUCCUUGCAGACAAAAAUAUCUCAAAUUCACAGUACCAUUCCAGCCUGUGAGGUGUAGUAACGGUAGUUGGUCAGGCUAAGUAGUAGUAUGUAAAAUAAUGCCAUGACAUUUCUUCAAAGAAUAUACACUUCAGAAUUUUUCUUAGCAAACAGCACAUUGCUAAGUAUCAGUGCCUGCAUAUUUCAUUCUCACAGAAGAAAACUUUGCUGGAGAACUUCUAACCCUAGAGAUUGACCAUUGAGCUUACAUAAAUGUGCAAACUUUUGGGGAAGUGUACCUCUCCUUAUGGGCCGGAUAUCGUGCAAUGUUGGCAAAGAGAAAUCGAUUUCAACUCCUGUUCUGAACGCCAUUUUCAGUCAUUGCACUUUGAAAAAAAAAAUAGUGACGACUGCAAAUGCUGUACAAGGAAUGUACUACUUGCAUCUGUUGUCAAACAUAUCUUGGGAAUAGUGUGUUACACUGUACAAAGACGAAGGCACGCACUCUUUUACGAUGACAUUCCUCACCCACAGAGACUCCAGGCAGUGCAUAUCAGAAAUAUCAAGCAUUUUUUGGGCUGCCAAGGGUAUUUACCUUUUGUGUUCUCAUUAGCAUGGCUCAGUUAUAGUCUUCUUUUAAUUUAUGAUGUUGGUUAUUUUUGUGAUAUUGUAAUGUAGUGUUUUUUUUCACAGGCGGCAGAGCGAAGCCUGUGAUGUUUUUAGUGUCUUGUUUGUGGGUUGUUUUGCUCAUUAUUGAGUUGUUACAUGUGGGUUUAGGUGUUUGUUACUUUGUCUCUCUGGUUGUUUCAGGCUUCCUAGUCACUAGCUUACUAGUCUUGGCAUAACCAGUUUCGUCUUCAAAAGCCUGCCUUUUACGGGCUCUAAAAGCUGGCUCACACAUCCCCGUUCUCUUAUGUUACGUUACGAAAGCUUAAGCCUGCUCGCGCCACAAGUCGCCGGGACAUCUGUGCUCCAUAUUAAGCGUGGCUGCCAGGCAUUCGAAACAAAUGUUUCGGUGACUUAUAUGUAAUGCAAGAAAACGAGAAAUCGGGGCUGUGUGAACCAGCCUUUACUCUAAGGUUAUCAGCCCGAAUCAGAAGAUAACCUGGGUCGUUGAUUAUCGACAUUCCGAAACAACAUAAAAUACGGACGUAAGCGAAUUGAAUCUUGACUUUGUGUGCAAAGAGAUAUGUCGUUACACCCUUCGAAAUUCUUGAAAUGGCCAAAUUCUUUCCCACAGACAAAGUGGUCAUGCCAUGCUAGAUUUCUAGUUACCUCACUUCCAGAUUCUCGAUGUUCAUUCCACGAAGCUUGAACACAGGGGAGACAAUUUUACGUGAUGCAUACACUGCGUGGUGCAAUGUUUCUAUUUUUUAUGUGGGUGGUAAUAUUUUGUUGUUUGUGAAUAUACCAUAUCAUUCCAUAGAGUUUUUAUGCAUUCCUGUGUUGUUGACCUGAGAAUUUGUUUCAUAUUUUUUCUCCGGUUUGGAUCAUAUCCUCUCCAUCGUCUUCUCAGCUAUUCCCUCGAGUUCUCAGAGGUCUGUCCGUACCCGACUUGUUUCCAACAGUGCUGACGCCAAACACGAGGCCAGAGCUGUCUGGGCGCUGUACAUGCAUUUCGGGCUCUGCGAGCUGCAGAGAGUUUCUUGCCUUUGCUUCUCGCCUUUUUCGACAGAAGUUUAUACGAGGAAUAAAAAGCUGUUGUCAUAUCACGUG